GCUCUCACGCGUCACAGCCCCGGGCGGCGGCGGGGAGAUGCGGCUGCUGGCACUGGCGGCGGCCGCGCUGCUGGCGCGGGCUCCGGCCCCGGAGGUCUGUGCAGCCCUCAAUGUCACUGUGUCCCCGGGGCCCGUGGUUGACUACCUGGAGGGGGAGAAUGCCACUCUCUUCUGCCACGUCUCCCAGAAGAGGCGGAAGGACAGCUUGCUGGCUGUGCGCUGGUUCUUUGCACACUCCUCCAACUCCCAGGAGGUCUUGAUGGUGAAGAUGACCAAGCUCCGGGUGGUGCAGUACUAUGGGAAUUUCAGCCGCAGCGCCAACCGGCAGAGGCUGCGCCUGCUGGAGGAGCAGCGGGGGGUGCUCUACAGGCUCUCUGUGUUGACACUGCAGCCCUCAGACCAAGGGCAUUAUAUCUGCAAAAUCCAGGAAAUCAGCAAGCACAGGAACAAGUGGACGGCCUGGUCCAACGGCUCCUCAGCCACGGAAAUGAGAGUCAUUUCCCUGAAAGCUUCUGAAGAGUCAUCCUUUGAGAAAAAAAAAGAGGCUUGGGCAUUUUUUGAAGAUCUCUACGUGUAUGCCGUCCUCGUGUGCUGCGUGGGGAUCCUCAGCAUUCUGCUCUUCAUGCUGGUCAUUGUCUGGCAGUCUGUGUUUAACAAGCGGAAAUCCAGAGUGAGACAUUAUUUGGUGAAAUGCCCUCAGAACAGCUCAGGGGAGACUGUCACUAGCGUGACCAGCUUGGCCCCACUACAGCCCAAGAAGGGCAAGAGGCAGAAGGAGAAGCCUGACGUUCCUCCUGCAGUCCCUGCCAAAGCUCCGAUAGCCCCCACGUUCCAUAAACCAAAGCUGCUGAAACCACAGAGAAAAGUCACCCUGCCAAAGAUUGCUGAGGAAAACUUAACGUAUGCUGAGCUGGAGCUGAUCAAACCCCACCAGGCUGCCAAAGGCGCCCCCACCAGCACUGUCUACGCUCAGAUCCUCUUCGAGGAGAACAAACUGUAGCACCGCAUCCUCCUCUGAGGUUCUGUUUAAUACCUGCCGCCCAGUUAUUUAUGAAGCCUUGGAGACAAAGCCCUUAUUUCUGUAUUUUCACUUGUGCCUUCUGAGUGGUGGGGAGCCCCUUUUCAGUGGCAUUCUGGGUGACUUCGAAUAGGUACAAGACUGCUCUCCCACAAAGAAUAGGGGCCACAGCCCUUGGACAGAUCUCCCAGGACAAGAUGUGCCUGGGCUGGAGCCCUGAGCAUAAGGACUAUGAUUCUGAGACCAGCCAAGGAGAUUUUCUGCUGAGCCAAACCCCUUCCCAUUUUCCCCCUCUUUCCCCAGGUUUUCUUUAAAAUUAUUUUUAAAUCUUAAUUUUACUCUCUACUCUUCCUGUAUCCAUGAUACAAGCUCAUAGUAUAUAGCUAGAGGAAAUGCCAUUAUGGACCCAACUGUAAGAUGGCUCAGAUGUUGGUUUUCCAAGGAUCAGAUGGCAUUGCAAUUUGCUGAUCAUUUCAAUCAGCAAACUGCUGAUUGCCAGCACCGCCCGAGAUGGCAUCUCUUGUUUUAAAUAGAUGCACUGACCGUGGGGAUUCAGGCCAGAGGGACAGACUGAUUAGAAGUGUAAGGUCUGUCUCUGAAUGCCAUGGUGCCCACCUGAGACCCUGAGGCCACAGGACAAGAAGAACACCAUUCUAGAGGGCUUCCAUCCCUUCCGCAGGCUGGACCUGUAUUGACAGGGAAACAUACUCUCUAAGAAGUGCUUACUCACCCUUUUCCAAAGGAGCAGAGAUGUUGGCCAUCGUAGACGCAGUGGAGCACGUGGGCCUCUUCACUGUGUGCCAAGCUCAGCCACCUCUGAGUCAGCACCCACUCCUGUGAGAGGGCAUCUGCUGCCAGGUGCCCUCAGGGUAGGAGAGUGGGAGGUACACGCCGAGCUGGAAAGUGUGUUCUGAAGACCCUCCUCUUGCCAAGUGCCUUGCCCAUCACAACCUUGUGUGUGAAUUCUAAUGGGUUUGAAUGGGGGUCGGGGGCGCAUGGGGAAGUUGCUCUGUGGACCUGUAGGACACAGGAAUCUCGGACUGGCUGGCGGGGCAUCCAUUCUGGAAGCACCAUCCCGUCAACUGCAUUGCUGAGGACAUUUCCUGAUGUGUGAGUGCACUCUGGGUGGCCAUUUACUGCACACUAUAGAAAUUGUUUGACUAUGUAGUGGACCAUGUACAUAUGAUAAAUUAUCUAUUUUAAACACAGCUGGGGUAUGAGUUGUGCCCUCUAUAUAGCCGUGUGAUCUUGGCUGACUUUCUUAUCCCCUAAUGGCCUCAGACUCCAUGUUUGUGUAAAGAUGACUUAACCUCCCAUAGAAUUCUUGAGAGUAAAAUGGGAUAAUGAAUCUUGCCAGGUUCUAGAAACUGUAAAUUGCUACACAAAUGCUCUGUGUUGACAUUCAUGCUAAAGCCAGUCUGCAUUUUCAAAAUGAAAAUUUCCUCACUAUUUAAGGCUUUCAUUGCAAUAACUUUAAAAAGCAAAUAUUUGUUCACCAACUUAGCCCUAUGGUAAUGUUUCCAAAGACUCAUGAGAGCUUAUGGUUUAUUGGAAAGGGUCCAAAUUGGAAGCAGAUAUUGAUUUUCUGGGAGCAUACUCGUCUGCCUUUACAAAGUGGAAAUUCACCCUCUCUGAAUGAUACCUGUGUCUCAUUCCUCCCUCUCUGCUAGAUCUCAAAGUCAGCAAAUAAACCAUGCAGCUUUUGAGGAAGAAAGACCCAUUUGGAAGAACUCACUAGAACUUUCUGAGCAUCUCUUUAGGAGGGGAGGAUAUAUGGUUAGCACAUCAUUUAUGUCAUAAUUAUCACAGGGAUUUUUAGUUUUAUCUUGACAGUGUUUUGACAGAUGUAUAGUGUUUUGAGGGCAGAGGGUGAUCUCCUUAUUUGCCCAAAGAGCCUUAUGGGUUAGUGGGGCCCUGGGGUUGCCAAAUGGAAAGGAGAGGGGGCACAUGAAAAGGAGAUGGUGGGGAGAGGGCAACAGGCCAGGGAGUAAUAUCUUCCCAGACCCCUUAGGUCUCUGCAGAACGGAAAUGAACUCCAGUCACCCCCAAACCCAACCACUUAAAUCCAAGGAGAGCCUAGGGUUAUCAUACAGGGGCAUUCUACCAAGAAGAACGCAUGUUGUUAAGAGCUGGUAGCUCCCAGUUAGAGUCUAACCAGUCACUGUUAUAUUAUAGAUUGAGUCCAGCGUCUUUUUCCCAAACUGUGGUCAUCACUGCAUGAAUCCACACUAAGUUGUAUGAAUGGGGAGCUGCAGAUUAUCCCCUCCUACUGAAAACACUGUCCAGGGGAAUCAUGGAAGCUAUGGACAGCAUCCAGGCAGAGCUUGUCCCACUGUUAUCUCCAGAAGCAAACGUCCAAGCUGUGCUCAGAACUGGAAGCAACGGAUGACUUGUAUCUGGUGCUUGUUUGAGAUGAUACAUUGACAUUAUUGCCAUAGUAAGCUUUAAAAAAUGUGAGCACUCAUUCAUUCUUUAUCCACGGUCCAUUAAUCAUGCAUUGUCAUUUCCAAAGAUAAGGGGAAACAUAUCAUAUAUCGGUGAAAUAGAAAUUAGGGAAAGGUCAUCAAUCUGUUUUUAGUAUAAGGCAUCAAUGAUAGAAAUUAUAUAUGAGUAAUUUUCAAAAUGGACCAUUGCUUAUAUGUUUAAAUGAAGCUAAAACAAGUGUGAACCUGUUGCUCAGAGUGCAUUGUCUUCCUUCAGGCAGAGAGAGCAGAUGCUAUCAGAUUUGGUGGUGAGUUUUAGGCCUUGGCAUGGUUGGCAUGGAGUCAUCACAGGAAGCCGGGAGGUGUGAAGGGGCAUCCACUUAGGUGACACUGUCUUGCCAAGCCAAAGCCCCGAGGCCUGUGCUGAAGCAGCUGUAGUGGAGGAGAGGCCUGGAAUUCCUUAAGGUCCCCUCUUUAUAAAUGCACCACCACUGUUAGCUCAUGGGGAAAAUAAGGAAAAGCCAGGCCCUCCCACCUCCGAACUCUUGUGAGAGUGAAAACAACAUGGGACACUUAGAAAAUACAUUUUAAUGUGGGAUAAUGUGGGCUGGCCCACACAGCAAUAAGCCCAAAGUUCCUCUCACUUUGGAGAUUAUUCAUGGCCCUGCUCAUCACAGCCUCUGAUAUGCAUGACUGUAACCUAGGCUGAGCCAAGAAUGGAGCUCAUGCCAGAAAUGGUCCCAAGCAUGCACGUGACCAUCUGGAAUCAUCAGAAUCCUGAGGAGAAAGAAACCAUCUUUGCCUUGGGCAGUGAAGCUGGAGUGACAGAAAUCAUAUCUGUUCCCAUAUCUCCUGCCUAGCAGAGAAGCCUUGGAAGGCAACAGAGACACUGAGCAGGAAGCAAGGAACAGACUGUCCUGGAAGGGUAGGACUCCAGCCUGAGUCCCUAACAUCCCCGGACUCUUCUCUUCCGUAAACUCUCUAAUUACCCCACUGUUUAAAUCCUGGUUUUGGUCUAGCUAGUCAGGUGGCAACAUAAAGAAUCUGAAUAGGUAUGUAUCAAAGUUGCUUCCUAGCACAGGAAGCAAAAAUCACAACAACAAAAAAACACUGAUAUCCAUUCCAAUUAGGGCACACUGGUGGCUGGAUUGCAUCUGUGAGCUCCUGCUGCACUGUGCUUCCUGCCGCCGCGUGGGCACAUCCCUGGCUCUGAAGAUGCCUUUCUCAAUGGAGAGCUCUCGAUGGAGGGCUCCAGGACUGAUGCGCUCCCUAAGGAAGGGAGCCCUCAGAUUUGGAGAGGGACAGCAGCAGGGCCAGAGCAGGACUGAGGGGCGCUGGAGGCAGCAGGUGGAAGGGCACAGGGUGCUAACACAGAAGAGCCAUGCCACAUGCAUGCUGGAGGGAGUCUUUUUGUGUCAGCCUAAAGCUUAGGCUGGCUUCCAUGGUGGGGACAUUGACCCCACCCCAGACCACACUCUCAUUUCCAUACAUGGGACAGAAGCUGUUCCUCAGACAGGAGAACCAAACAAAAAUUCAUGGUCUAUGGGAGGGGUCUGCAUUCAGCAUGGCCAUGCUGGGCUGGAGUGGCCGUGGGGUGUCCAGAUAGGCGGGCACAUAGACUGGCGCUUUCUCAACCUUAGUGCUUGCACAAAUCAUCGAGAUCUUGUUAAAAUGUAGAUCCUGGCUCAGGACGCCUGCCGUCCCAAGAUAGCACCUGGGAUUCUGAGUUUCUAACAAGCUCCCAGGGAUGUCCAUGCUUCUGGUCCUGGGACCAACACUUUGAGUAGCAAGGAUGUAAACUGUUGGAAAUAUGGAUCUGGUGCUGAUUGCAAGAAAGGGGGUGUCCUCAGGGCAUAGGACACUGCCAAAGAUUGGGCAAGAUUCCCAGGGAGAGGCUGCUCACGCAAUGAGAAGGGGAAGGGCUGGGCCUGAGCAGUGGGGAGCACCCAUGCUGGCAGAUGCACAGCAGGUGAGGAGAUCCAGGUGGAGAUCAGAGGACAGCAACAGUCAGAGCAGCAGGGGAGAGCCAGGAGAAAGCUGCACCUGGGGGUCUCUCAAAGGAAGAAGGGCUCCGUGUGUGAACUGUGCAGAGGGCAGGGAGAAUAGAGGUUGAGCCUUUGCUCAUUCUGAAUUAAUUGAGUAUUCAUUUUUUAAAGUGCUUUCUUUCUCUGGGAAAAUAACAAAUUCCCCAAUGCACAAGGCUAACAGACAUGGGCACUGAGCUGUGUCUUAUCUGCUGAGUGUAUUUUCCCCAAAGCAAUCCUCAUCUUCCUGGGUGGGGGACAGUGAUUUGGACAAGACUCUUCCUGAACAUGCAGCGUGGUGGGGAAGGGUGGCUGUGGAGGAUUUCUGCUCCUUCUGUUGUCAUUGGUGAAAGACGACUUGGUGCCUCGUUUCUAAUAAGCACAACUCUAUUAGCGUCACUCCAA